UUUAAUUUAACACUGGAAACUGGAAACGUAAACAUUAGGGAGGCUCCUGGGAAGUCGCUGUCGCAUGAGUCGGUGACGGAGAACUCAUGCGUCCGAGAGGGAAGUCAGGAACCAACUUCGCUAAGUAGCAGGUUUUUUUUGUCUUGUGCUGGCAAUGGGGGACAUGAAGACCCCAGACUUUGAUGAUUUGCUGGCAGCUUUUGACAUUCCUGACAUUGAUGCCAAAGAAGCCAUUCAGUCAAGUCCAGAAGAGGAGCAGGAUGAGGUGGGGACUAAUGCAGAUGAGAGGGAGAGUCGGUCUCCUUCAGGCUUUCCCUGCUCUCCUGCCUCGCACAGUGACCUCUCUGUGGUCAGUGUUAUUGUGAAGAACACAGUGCGGUCUGAGUCUUUUGAAGAGGAGAAAUUUGUCGGGGACAAAACCGACAAUCCUUCAAGCAGUGGCAUAAACUCUCAGGUUCAGGUCAGGUAUGGUGACCUCACCUCUCAGCUUGGUCCUAAAAUGCCUGCUGAUGCCCCAGUGGAGCUCCAGAUUGUCAAUGGCUUUGAGGGAUCUGUCCCCAGUGAUCAAGGACAGUCCAACACAGCGUCUUGGCCCCAGUGUCCACCAUUGAGGUCCACACUGAACCUUAGUGAGGGUGGCAGCGAUAAAGGAGCUGAGGUUGGAUCGGUCCAGCAUACUACUGAUGUCAUGACAAGUUUGAAGCCCCUCCUCUACCUCCAGUCUUCGACUAGUGCCGGUACUAACUACUCAACUCCUCCCUCCCCGCACUCUGUCAGCCCUCACCUUCCUCCUCACUCCCCUCAGAAGGAGGAAACACAUCUCCUCAGUAAUCCAUCAUCCUCCCCUUUACCACAAAACGGGAGUGUUAAGGCUGGAAUUAAGCGUGUUAUGCACUCAGAUGAAAGUGACUCAGAGCCGGACUUAGGAAGUCCACUGGUGAUCCAGGAGAGCCCAGAAUCUGUAAUGGCUUCCCCCCCCAAAUUUAAACACAGAGCAAAAGUACGGUCUCAGCUGCUUAGGUCCCCUGAAACCACUUCUUGUUUUCUUUCUCCUCCUCGUCUGGCACCUGCAGAACCUGAACCCCAACAUGAGGAAAAGGGGAGACCUACCACCCCCAGUUCUCCCUCCACAGCUCCUCAGCAACAGAGCCCCCAGGACUGCCUCCCGUCUGUCAGCACAGGCUCUGCAUCAGUCCAAGAGGAGAGAUACCCAGAGCACGUGAUUGAUGAGAGGGACUCGCCUGAGAGCCCACCGCCCAGUGAGACAGGUCAUGUAGUCCCCACAAGAAGCAGCAGCCCUGAUUCGGCCCAAACAUCAGGUCUAGAAGUGAACCACAAGGACUUUCAUCACCAAGAGGAGCUCAUGGAAAGUGAACCCAGAGAAGAGGACAGGCCAGGUGACACUGAGGAGCUGAAUGAAAAGCUGGCUGGAGAUGGAGAAAAUUUAAAUGAGGAGAGCUGUGGUGCUGACACUGAGAAUCCUGGGUCUGCUAGUGCUGCAGAAACAGUUUCACCUCCAUUGCGCCCCCUCAAAGUCAAAAUCAAAAUGCCUACAGGCAGCAUCACUAGGACUGUGACUGGUGUUGCACCUAAAAGAGGUGGAAGAGCCGCUCCUAAGGGUGUGGAUAGUUCAAAACCUUCAUCAGAACGUCAUAACACAAGAUCCAAGAGGGAGCCAUCUCAGAUGCCUGCAAUGGCGAUGCUCCAGGAAGGGGACCGUGCAGUCAAAGACAAAACCCCAGUGGACACCAAGCCUAAAGUUUCUCCCACUGCUGUUAGCAUCACCAAAACUGCAGCCCUGCCCUCAAUCUCCGUCUCCUUUCCCAGAGUCACCCCAGGUGUGAUCAACUCUCGCGGCCUGGGCCAGAAAACUGUGAACAGUGGGAUAACACAUCCACCACCUUCACCUCUGCUCCAUCCUCAAAGUAGCGGCAAACCGGCCUCUAUAGUUAACAGCACUGGGGCAAUCAUAUCCAAGAGUCAGACCAACCUGGUAGAAGCCUUCAAUAAGAUCCUCAACAACAAAAACCUGCUGCCCAGUUAUAAACCAGAUCUGAGCACACCUCUUCCUGCAGAGUGGGGCCUUCCUCUACCUGCACAGGGUUACCGGUGUUUGGAGUGCGGGGAUGCCUUCGCCUUGGAGCAGAGUUUGGCGCGGCACUACGCCCGGCGCUCACUGAGGAUUGAGGUGACGUGUAAUCACUGCGCCAAGCGGUUGGCCUUCUUCAACAAGUGCAGCCUGCUUUUACACGCCAGAGAGCACAAGGAGAGAGGCCUAAUCAUGCAGUGUUCGCAUCUGGUCAUGAAACCUGUAACUGUGGAACAGAUGAUUGGCCAGCAGGAACCCUCCGCAGUUGGACCUUCAUCAUCAUCCAUCAGCCAGGCCACCCCAAACCAAACACCCCAGGCACAUCAGGCAGUAUCCAACAAGAAAGCGGAGUCAGUGCAGUACAUCAGUAAUAAAUGUCCUGAGUGUCAGGCUCAGUUCAGCAGCAAAGAAGCGGUGGCUGAGCAUUUCCAAGAAAUCAAACCAGCACAAACCACUUCAUGCACAAAGUGUUCUCCUGCCAUGCUCCUGCCCAACAGCUGCAGUGCAGCAGCUCAUCAACGCAUCCACCAAGGCCUCUCUCCACAUGUCUGCCCAGAGUGUGGGGGCUCGGCCAAGCAGCCUCAAUUUCAAACACACCUGCACAAGACCUGUUUGCACUUUGCACGUCGCAUUGGAUACAGAUGUUCCAGUUGCCUGGUGGUGUUUGGAGGGCUUAACUCGGUGAAGUCUCACAUCCAACAGGCUCACUGUGAUAUGUUCCACAAAUGCCCCAGCUGUCCUAUGGCUUUCAAAUCUGCUCCCAGCAUACAGACCCACAUCACUUCCCAACAUCCAACGCUCACUGAAGGACAGACCAUGUUGAUCUAUAAAUGUGUCAUGUGUGACACAGUUUUUACAAACAAGUCCCUGCUGUACGUCCACUUUGACACUCAUUUAACCAAUCAAAAGGUGCAUGUGUUUAAAUGCCCGGAGUGCACCAAGUUGUUUUCUCAGAGGAGUUCCCUACUGGACCAUUUCAUGACCCACAAGACUCCCAUGGUGAAACAAGAGUUGCCUUCACCUCCAGCUGCUCCCUCUAGUUCCCUGCCUUCGUUAACGUUUGAGAGCUCAGAUGGGGAGGAAUGGAGGGAUGAAGAUAAAAAAGAGAAAGAGAAGACUGAAAAGACGAAGACCCCCUCAGGGUGGAAGUGUGCGCCUUGCCACGCACGCUACCCAGACCGGGAAGAUUACAUUACCCAUAUGGCUGAACAACAUGGCAAGACUCUGAAGAAGUUUCCUUGUAACAAGUGUGAGAGCUCCUUCACCACCACGUCCAGUCUGAGACGUCACAUCAGGGACAAACACAAAGUCCUGAAUCGUGGCUUUCGCUGCCAGUUCUGUGGUGAGGGUAAGAAAACAUUCAGCAGCAGAGUGUUGUUGGAGAGGCAUGUUCAGCUGAGACACAGCAUGGACACAGAAAGCCAGGACACACUGAUGGGGGGCGGGGAUGAGGCUGACAGUUCCUCAGAACAGGACAGCAGUUUGGGGGCUUGCCGGAGGCGAAGAGGAGCUGCGAAGAUGGAGCAGGACGAAGAGUCCACAGAUGGAGUGAGCCCAGUGAAGAGGUUGCAGUCCUCCUCCUCUGCGCCUGCCCCCUACUCCACUCCUGAGUCUGGUUUCCGCUGCGCCCCCUGCGGCUUCACCACAGAGGACCAGGCAUUGUUCCUGGAGCAUAUCAGCCAGCACCGGCGAGCAGGGACGGAGGGCGGCAGUCAGCAGUGUCUGCAGUGCGGCGCCUGCUUCACAUCCACCUCCUCCCUGUCGCGCCAUUGCUUCAUCACCCACAAAGUGAGAAAUACCAUCACUGAGAAGCAGCAGUCCCCAAGCGUGCACCCAGCUCCCUCCCCUGGUAACAGCAGGAACCACGGUGAGAAGAGUUCUCUGGACGGUUCUGCACCAGGAUCGCCCUCCUCUCAAUCCUCCGUAGCUCAGGGCAUGGAGGAAGAGGGCACGCUGGCCUGUAAGGUGUGCGGGAAACAAUUUGAAAAGGCAUCAGAUCUGAAUACGCACUUCAGAACUCACGGUAUGGCUUUUAUCAGCGCAAGGAAUGCAGGAAAAUCUACCUAAGACGGCAAAUACAUGGGGAAGAGCGGUGUCGGUAGGUGUUCCGAGAAUAGUUGCAAGUGCCUUAUUUAUCAUCCACCUAUGCACUAAGUUAACCAAAGAUUGGUAGAACAAGGUUGAAUGUAAAUAGAUUGCAAAAAAAACACAAAAAAAACUAAUGUGAUUUUCACUGAUCGAGAUCUUCUAUUUCUGACACUCAGGAUCUAUUGCUGCAUUUCUGUUUUCAGUAAUGAUACUAAUGAGAUUAGAGCUACGUGCCGGACUAGUUCACUGCUGUGACCACAUUCACACAGUAACGUGCCUGUAGAGAACUGUGAAUGUGAAAAUCCAAUCCUACUGUGAUAAUGAUGGCUGUUUUUGAUAGCCUGCAAUGGAAUGUAUCUGUUUUGAUGUUUUCAUCCUACUGAGGAGCUUCUUGAAUGGCAACCCAGGUGUUUUUCUAUAAAGUCCUUUUUAAAAUAAACAUAUUUUUAGGGAGUCAUCACAGCCGUUUAGAAUAUGUUAGCUCAGUUAAGAUUAAGUGUGUAUACUUUUUAAUUUAUUGCCAGCCAUUUUCAAAAACAUGCAAUACAAUUUUAGAUUGAUUCCCAACUUUAAAUGCAGCCAUUGGCUUAUAACCAUUUUGUGUGUAUAUGAAUACUAAAUCACAGAGAUUUGUACUUCGCUAAAGAUAGGUAACCCAUCAAAAUUCCUUUUUGUGUUUUCAUGGAUAGUGUUUCCUUGCUGAGCCCCAAUGGAGGGAUUCUAAGACAAAGAGGACAUUUUGUACUAAAAAGACAUUGGACCCCCUUCACAAGUCUAAUUCAGAUUAUUCAUAUUAGCUUCACUUGAAAAAUAUUUUUUGCACAAAAUUGAGGACUGUGGAUUGAGUCCCCCAUCAUUACAUUGGAAUCUCUUCACUGCCAGUUUGGACAGGAAGAAUAAUCCCAGUGACCAAUAACUCUUACAGUACACGGAUGGAUAUGUCGGUUUCAAGACAGACUUGAAAAAAUGUGAACCUACCCUUUCUAAAUGUUUUGAUUGCUAACCUGUGAGAGCAAGUUUGUAGUCCCUGAGCGAUUAUAUUUAUAUCGUACUUAUAUUAAUGUGGACCAAUAACUUUGUGAAAGAAAAGAAUACAAUCUUAAAACUUAAAAUAUGCUUUGGGAAAUGGUCAGCGGUAAUCUGAAGUGUACACAGUUUAAUACCUUUUUAAGUGGACUGUACUGUAUUUAGAUCAGAUUAACAGAUUUAUUCCUUCUGUGUGUGCAAGUGAUGGAAGUAAAAUUAUGUAGUCUGGCUUUUGCUUUGCGUUUGUCUACAUUUCUGUUAAAAAAUUAGGUUACUGUAAACAAAAGAUCAGUAUGUAUGUCAUUGUGACUAUUUCUAACGCUUUUCUAAAAUGACAAAAUGUUGAACCUUGUAUUUUUACUUUGUCUUCAGGUUUGACUAAAAGAAAAGAAAAAUCUUUGUUCUGCAUUUACUGACUUCGGUGCUGGUAAACUAGAAGAGUAUAAUCAGAUGAGUUAUUGAUGAAUGUGUCGACUUAGUAUCCACAGAAAGACAUUAACUGAAAAGUCAGAACUGUUUAACAAAAUUGUAGCUUGAUAUAAAGAGGUCUGUGGGGGAAAAUAUGUGUUUUGAGUGCUGUGUUGUAUUUGAUUUGUUUGUUUAGUGGCACUUUUUGCUGUCUGUGUCGUGUUUUACGAUAUGCUGGUUUGCCGAAAUAUCUCCGACCACAGGAUCCAUACAGUUAACAUCCAUGCAUCUGCAUCUCUUUAAUGUGCUGUAGCCAUCAGUGACCUGUUGUUACGCUUGUUUACUUUCUCAGGAGAUUAUCCAAUGCUUUAACACACAUUGUUCUGUUUAACUUUUUCUGGGGUUUUUUGGAUCGACAAUUUCUAACCAAAUGUUUAUUAAAAAUGAAUAAAAACUG